GUGGAAAUUAAUAAACCAAUAGAUACAGUUAUGAAUAAAGUUAAGAAAUCCACAGCGGACCUUAUACGCCGAAUGAAGCCGUUUCUAGGUGAGUCUAAGUGGUUUAAUUUAAUGCCCAAAACUAAUAACCCCAGUAGGAUGUAUGGUGUUGUUAAAGUUCAUAAGUCAGGAUACCCUAUUAGGCCUAUAGUUGAUUUUAGAAAUUCACCUACUUAUGAAUUAUCUAAAUAUUUAGCCAUGGUAUUAAAUCCCCUUAAAAGACACUCAAAAUCUAGACUAACAAAUUCUUAUGAACUAAAACAUAGAUUAGAUAAUUUAAAAUUAGAUAAUGAAGAGAAAAUGGUUAGUUUUGACAUUGUCAGUUUAUACACACGUAUACCAAUAAAUAUGGCUAUGGAGGCAGUCAGAAACGAACUCAUUUCUGACCAAGAACUCGAACUUAGGACAAAAGUGCCACUUGAGGACAUAAUGCUGGGAGUACAGCUAUGCCUGACUUCCACAGUAUUUAAAUUUCAAGGGAAAAUAUACAAACAAACUGAAGGAGUUGCCAUGGGAUCACCAAUAUCCCCAGUUGUAGCAGAUAUAUUCAUGGAUAAGUGGGAAAACAUAGCGAUUGAAACGUUCACCCCCACCCCAAAAGUAUGGUGGAGGUAUGUAGAUGACACAUUCACUGUACUUAAAACACAAGAUAUAGAUAGGUUUUUCGAACACAUCAACUCGAAGGUUGAAGCAAUUCAAUUCACUUAUGAAUUGGAAAAUCAGGAAGGGGAGCUCCCAAUGUUAGAUUGCAACGUAAAGAGGAAAGAAGAUGGGAAGUUAAACACUAGUGUUUACAGGAAACCCACACACUCAAACAGAUAUUUAGACUUCCGAUCGUCCCAUCCUAUGUCAGUAAAAAUAGGAUUGGUGAAAUGUUUAAAUGACAGAGCACAAAAACUAAGUAGUACCAAAGAAAAUCUAAAACAGGAACUGAUACACAUAAAAGAAGCUUUGAAACUUAAUAAUUACCCGGAUAAAUUAGUCAAGAAAUAUGUAAGGAAAUGUAAAAAUAAAAUAAAUAAUGAUAGUAGCGAUAGUGAUAAUAACAAUAAUAAUGAUAAUAAUAAUAGUGAUAAUAAUAAUAAUAUUAAUGACGACACCAAUAAUAAGGAAUCUAAAUCAUCAGUAGUAAUUCCAUACAAGGAAGGAACCUCGGAAGCCUUACGCAGAAUUCUUAACAAGGCAGGAAUAAAAAUGGCAUUCAAACCCACAAACUCAAUUAGAAACAAGCUUUGUCGGUUAAAGGAUCCUGUAGAGCCUUUAAAACAAAACAAUUUAGUUUAUCUAAUACCCUGCAAUGAUUGUCAGGUCAAAUACAUAGGUCAAACUAGUAGAACAGGGGCAGUCAGACUAGCUGAACAUAAAAACCUAGCAAAAUCUAGAUUGGUUGACCCGAAUAAGAUAAGAAAUCUAGAGAAUAGUUCAGCUAUAGCACUACAUGCAGUUACACACAACCAUACAAUAGGAUGGGAUAGGAUGACAGUUUUAAAAUCUAAUGUCACAGGGUAUAGGGAGAGAUUGAUAACAGAAGCUUUGUUUAUCGAAUCAACUGCAAAUACGUGUAAUAGGAAUGAUUCAUCACCUGUCCCCGAUAUCUGGAAAAUUCUACUACCCAAACGACAAAUAGGAGAGAACAAAGAAAACUAUAAAACUCAAGUGUCAAAGUCGUGUGAUUACAAUUGAUAUGAUUAUGAACAAUAAAUUUUGUUCGAAACGUCAUCCAGUAAAUAAUACU